AAUGUGAAUGUCUUCAAGUUUAUUAUCCCACAGAUUGUGAAACACAGCCCAAACUGCAUCAUUCUGGUUGUUUCAAAUCCAGUGGACAUCCUGACCUAUGUUACAUGGAAACUCAGUGGCCUGCCAAAACAUCGUGUCAUCGGUAGUGGUUGCAACCUUGAUUCGGCUCGAUUCCGCUACCUGAUGGCAGAAAAGUUGGGCAUCCAUCCCGCUAGCUGUCAUGGUUGGGUCUUAGGAGAACAUGGUGAUUCCAGUGUGCCUGUCUGGAGUGGAGUGAAUGUGGCAGGUGUGUCUCUCCAGGAGCUCAACCCUGGCAUGGGGACUGACCAAGACCCAGAGAACUGGAAGAAGGUCCACAAACAGGUGGUUGAAAGUGCCUACGAAGUCAUCAAGCUGAAAGGCUACACCAACUGGGCCAUUGGCUUAAGCGUUGCUGACCUGCUGGAGACCAUUUUGAAGAACCUUUCUCGCGUUCACCCAGUGUCUACCAUGGUCAAGGGCAUGUACGGCAUUGAAAAUGAAGUGUUUCUGAGCCUGCCGUGCGUCCUAGGAUAUGCUGGCUUGACCAGUGUGAUCAAUCAGAAGCUCAAGGACAGCGAAGUGAAUCAACUCCAGAACAGCGCCACCACGUUGUGGACCGUCCAGAAGGAUCUCAAAGAUCUGUAG